AUGGCGCCCAGAGGCGGUAGAGGUGGCGGUCGUCCUCCUGGCCGACAAAGCAAAGCCAACGGCAAGAAAAGCGAGAACCAGCCAUGCUUCCAAUUCCAGAGGGGAAGAUGCAAGUAUGGAAGAGACUGCAAGUUCUCCCAUGAUAAAGAAAGUACUGGCAAUGAGCGUGCUGCACGCCCUGCAGACAAUCACCUCGACGCUGAAGCUCGCGAAGAGUACUACGACUGGAAACGCCUCCUGCGCAGUAGCCCAUACGACUCCUUUGGAUCCGAACGAACUGAAGAAACUAUUAAAUUCUGGGAAGGCGCUCUUGGUAUCCUGGAUGGCGAUAGCCAGGAUCAACAUCACGUAGUCGCCAAGGAACUUGUUCAAGACAAGUUUAACGGCCCCGAAUGGAUCGAUGUCACUACCAAAAUGACUUCUUUCACCUCAGCAUCAAGCUUCAAAUGUGCUGAGAAUUUCCUCAGAGUCAUUGCUCAUCCUGCUCUCACCCCGCUGUCCAUCAGUGCUUUUGUUGGAACCAUAUACGUGCUCUUCGGUGGCACGAGUGGGCAACAAGGCAUUGAGUUCUUGUCCCGGAUGUGCACCAGUAUCUCAAAGACCAUCGGCGGAACAGUUGGUACGCUAGAUCCCGAACUCCAUGACCUUGUCGAUGUCAUAUUGAAGGCGCUACACGAACUUCUCGUCAAGACCAGUCGAACUCGGUUCUGUGAUGGUUUACCCAAGCUCAUUGGGCUGCUGGACAACAUUCUUGCUGUGGUUGCUCAGCACGUCGCUGGGGCUUACCGCGAUGGGCUUCAAGGUCGCUUGGACAUCAUCAAGAGGAUUGUUGAUGGGUCAACUGCCCGCGUAGUCGCUACUAAGCCCACAGCGGAUGGUAAGAAGAGAGACAAAAACUCAGUCGCAUCAUCUUUCCCGCAGGAGGUAGCCAUACCAGGUGGUAGACACGACAACGACUUCGCUGAGAUCUCCGAUGUCUCCAUUCUCCCAACCCAGGGAGAAAUCACCAGCGAGCAUGAGGAAUACCUUCCGUCUACCAACUUCUUGCACCCUCAUGUCUUGACAGAUCCUAUGCAGCGGUACAUCGACUCGACAUUCCGCCUCGUCAGACACGAUACAUUGGGUCCAGUGAACGAUACUCUCCGAGAUAUUUUUGCUUCUGACAACCUGAUGGUCGGAAGAAUGACAGACAAAAACAGCCAAGCACAAGUCUACACAUCAGCAAGGUUCCGUCGAGUCGCUAUCCACGAGCGACAUGGAUUGGAGGCGAUUGUAUCCUUUUCCACACCGUACUUCAUUCGCAAAAAGUCGUCUGCGGAGCAACGCGACUGGUGGCAGAGAUCUCCUCGCCUGGGUGAAGGAACGCUUGUGUGUUUUGUUACUUCGGAGGGUGAACACAAGAGGAUCCUCUGCUUUCAAGUCACCACCAAAAGUACACAAUGGGACCACAGGCGCCCUGACACGAGCAAGAGCAGCCUUGUCCCACAUAAUAUCGACCCAAGCAUCACUGUCAAGCUUGCGACACAUCAGCAAAGCGACUUGGCUCUGCUUCUUCGACUGUUCCAGGACAACACCACGGGCGUUUUGGUGGACUUCAAUGGUGUCAUCCCUGACACGUUCAUGCCCAUCCUCAAAAAUCUGCAAAAGAUCAAGCGAGAGAAUCACAUCGCGUUCCAUAACUGGAUCUUACCAACCUCUGGCGAGAACAACCGCAUGCCUCCGCCACUGUACGCCCGAAAAACAGGAUUUGUGUUUCCACUCAGUUGUAUCGCCAAGGACAAGGACGUUAAGCUUGAUCUGGAUCCUUCCCUCGCGUUGAAGGACAUCGAUCUGAAAAAGAUCGAAGAUGCGACAGGCCUCGACCAUGGCCAAUGUCUUGGUCUGGUAGGGGCCCUCACAAGGGAGUAUGCACUCAUUCAAGGUCCUCCCGGAACAGGGAAGUCCUACCUCGGAGUACAGCUCGUGAGAACUUUGCUUGCAGUGAAGAAGGAGGCGAAGCUGGGUCCGAUUCUAAUCAUCUGUUACACGAACCAUGCUCUGGAUCAGUUCCUGAAGCAUCUGCUCGACGUCGGAAUCCAAGCCAUCAUUCGGAUUGGCGGUCGCAGUGUCACGGAAGAACUCGACAGCAAGAACCUUCGCGUCGUCAGCAAAGAAACUCAAAAGACAGGAGUAGAAAGAAGUAUUCUAGGCGAGGCUUAUAGUUUACAUGAGGCCUCGUUGGAGUCUGCUCAACGAUCGCUGGGGCCUUUGUUUCAGGCCCGUAAAGGGCCGAGUUGGGAUGGAUUGAAACGAUAUUUAUCGCGAAAACAUCCCCGAAUCUACAAUCAGUUUGAGAGGUACGAUGAGGACGGCUUCGAAGUCGUCACCAAAGACAUCUUGAAAUCUUGGCUGGGAAAACGGCCGAAGCAGAUCGCAGUUGAGCCAUCGACAUGGAGAAACAUCAUAGCUCGAGCGGAGACCAAUAUUGGCUUGCUUUCUUCAGAAGAGAAAUGGUUCAUUGUUGAAUACUGGCUUGAGCAACAACACCAAGCACAAAUUGCGCGACUUUUUGAGUCUCUGGACGACGCUGAGGAGAAGCGCAAGACCAUCCAGCGAACACAUGACGCCGUAGAUCAGCGAACUCUUGCACGAGCUGAUGUCAUUGGAAUCACCACCACAUCCCUAGCAAAGCAGAUUGAAAUGCUACGGAGUUUGAAGAUCAAGUGUGUCAUGUGUGAGGAAGCUGGCGAGUUGAGAGAGGCUGAUAUCAUCUCUGCCCUGAUGGAGAGUGUUGAGCACUUCAUUCAGAUUGGGGACCACAAGCAACUCCGACCUCAGAUCAACAACUUUGAACUCAGUUUGGAGUCGUCUUCAGGCAAGUUCUGGCAACUGGAUCGAAGCCAGUUUGAGCGACGGGCGGUGGGCGAACCGGGUCUUUCACCAGCACCAUUCGCACAGCUUAACGUUCAGCGAAGAAUGAGACCUGAGAUCUCUCAGCUCAUCCGCCGAGUUUACCCCAAUCUGCAAGACCAUGAAUCAGUUUUUCACCUCGACGAUGUGGUAGGUUUGCGUAAGAACCUAUUUUGGCUCGACCACAAUUACCCAGAGGACUCGGGCGGAGAUGGAACUCGGGUCAAGUCGCACAGCAACAUCUGGGAGACCAAUAUGGCGACGGCAUUGGUCCGCCAUAUAGUUCGACAAGGAGUGUACAAGCCUGAGGACGUCGCCCUCCUUACGCCAUACACGGGCCAACUUCAGCAGCUGCGAGCUGCUCUCGGCAAAGACUUUGAGAUUUGCCUUAGCGAUCGAGACAUGGACCAACUGGCGCAUGAAGGAUUUGAAGAUGAAACGGGCCAAGGAUCAUCGGGCACUCAGAAGAUGAUUGAGAAGAAGCAACUUCUUCAGACCAUUCGGCUCGCUACUGUUGACAAUUUCCAGGGUGAGGAAGCCAAAGUUAUCAUCGUAUCCUUGGUUCGAAGCAACGAGCAGCGUAAAGUGGGAUUUCUACGUACUGAGAACCGCAUCAACGUGCUUCUCAGUCGAGCGCAACAUGGAAUGUAUCUUAUUGGCAAUUCUGAGACGUACCUCAAUAGGCCAAUGUGGGCUGACGUCUAUAAUCAGCUCUCGCAAGCCGGUUCAGUUGGGAAGGAGAUUGAGCUGUGCUGCCCCCGACACAAGGAUCUUCAAAUCACAUGUGCUGAACCGGAAGACUUUGCCAUCAAGAGCCCUGAAGGUGGUUGCACAUUCACCUGCUCUCGACGACUUGAACCAUCAGCUGUCGAAAAGCGGACGGGUCUUUCGCCCAUAACCCUUGCACCAAAGUUUGCGAUCGCCCCUUUGGCUCUUGUAACCACAGAUGCCGCCAAGUAUGCCAUGGUGGUAGUUCCUGUGGUAGCUGUACUAAAGCAUGUGAGGUUCGGUGCCCUCACUCCGCUUGUGCCUCGUCAUGUAACAAAGCAUGCGCUCCGUGUAUCGAAAAAUGUACUUGGUCCUGUCCACACCAAAAGGCUUGCUCCAUACCGUGUUCAGCACCAUGCGAUCGACUCCCUUGCGACGAACGAUGAAUGUGGCGACAAAGGGGAUGCUCGAGUCGAUCUCCUGGAGUUCUUGUCAUACACUGAAGUGAACCUUGACGAAAGUCCUAUCGUUGUACUUGGAUGUGGCCAUUUCUUCACUGGCGAGACUCUCGAUGGUCUGGUCGGACUGGAUGAGGUUUAUACAAGGGACAAAGAUGGCAACUUCAGCGGCUUGAAGGAUACCACUGGGUCUCUUUCCCGAAAGGUUCCUUUUUGUCCAGACUGCAAACGGCCCAUUCGGCAGUUCGCCACGAAGCGAUACAACCGGCUCAUCAACAGGGCUGUGAUGGAUGAAAUCUGCAAGCGCUUCAUCAUCAGCGGGCGCGAGGCCCUUAAGACGUUGGAGGACCAGCUGCGGUCUGAGGAGAACAACCUGAGCGAAAGUCGAAAGGCUCACCCAACUAUUGCAAGUUGGCCUCAGCAACUGUUGACCAAGAAGAGACACCAACGACUGAAGAGACUCGGGGAUAUGUCCAAGGACCUGGUAAAGAAGAUGGGCAAGGAACACCAGCCCACCAAAAUUCUCAUCGACCGGAUCGCGACAGCUCGUGUCCGUGCCACUGGUGAUCCAAUGUCUCUCGCAGUACAGAUGGAGGCUAUGAAGCUAUCACCGCCAGAACCAGACAAUCAAAUCAUUCUCGGAGCAAAGUUGCUUAUGUUCAAGGCCGAGGAAGUGCAGUUUCAAGACUCGGUUGCACUCCUUCAAGCCUGCAGAGGCAAAGUCAAUGCCACUGUGAUCCAGGGAUGGCUGAAGGAUCAUCCCCUUUUGGACACCAUUAACUUCUUCAUCGCCUGCCACCAUCUCAUUAAUGAAGCCAAAAAGGCAAACCUUCCGCGAAUACUUGCUUCGGCGACUCUAUGCUAUGCCAAGGUAUCUCAGCUGGCGACUUGGUGUGCGCAGACGCAGGACGGUACUACUGCCCCAACACCUGGGGAUGAGAGUGUGAAGAAGUACGUUGACAGGGCGAAGAAGCUUCUUGAAGAUGCGCUGCUUCAGUGUGGGGAUCUUGGGGACAGUGAGGAGUACCAUGCUGUGACUCCAGAGGAACUGGCGUCGAUCAAAUCUGCCAUGGUCAGCGGUCGUGGUGGCCUGGCCACUCACUCUGGACACUGGUACAAUUGCGUCAACGGCCACCCUUUUGCGAUCGGAGAAUGCGGCAUGCCAAUGGAAGUUGCUCGAUGUCCUGAGUGCGGAGCGCCUAUCGGGGGUACCGGCCACCGACCUCUGGAGGGUGUGUCUCGUGCUCAUAACAUGGAAAACCGUCAUUAA